AUGAAAUGGAAAAGUUGCAUUAGGUGCUCAGAGUAUGAAUUAGAUGAAGGAGAAUCACCAUCAGAUUUCAUUUCUUAUUAUUCAUACAAUCGCGUCACAGAUGUGGAGCGUCAAAUCGCAUAUGCGUUUAAGGGAAUACCAUCCUCUCCAUAUUGUUGUGGGAGGCGGCCCUUCCAUACAUUUUCGAUUUCGGGAUGCAGCUUUGCUGUCAAGCCAUCCUUCCACAUGAAAACCCAAGUAAAUCAAUCCUCGCAAAGACUGGAGGCGAGGGUGUUAAAUUUUUCACCCUCCAGGAAGUGGGCAUCUAUGGGACUAUCACUCAGCAGGGCGUUGAAACGUGUUUGACUUGCCUAGUUGUCGCUGAUAAGGUACAAUACUUCUCUUUUAUGUGCUCCUACCAAUAAAUUCAUGAGCUACCAGUGCAACUGCUUCCAGUUGAUUUCUUUUUGACUUUUAUAUUAAAGAGCUGCUUGUGGUUAAGAGCACGUAGAACUACUUGUUCAUUCAGAUUGCUGGGAAUAACUUUUAUUAUCAUUUUAGACUAGAAAGCUGAUUUGUGUGUAGUUUGCCGGGAAUAACUCUUAUUAUCAUUUUAGAAUGGAAAGCUGAUUUGCU